AAAUGAUGUUUUGAUUUUAUACUGUACACAUUUUACAAUAUAUCUAUAUAUAUUUUAUGGACUUUACCCUUUUAACCUAAUAAUAAAAUGCCACGAGAUGAAUACUCGAAUCCAUUACUGCAAAACUUUUUUAUUGAAAGACUCAAUCAAGAGAACAUGAAAUGUAUGAAGUGGUUCCUUAGACAUAAAGACAAAAUUAUUAAGAAUGCACCAAACGUUGAGGAUUGCAAGCAUUAUACCACUGAGCAAAUAGCUCAGGCACAAAUAGAGGCCGGUUUGAAAAUGUUUGCUGAACAAAAUAAAGUUAGCGCACGCUUUAGGAGAAAAAGUACGCUCAAGGAUGAAGCCAAUACAACUACUGUAAACGAAUUCUUUGAGAAAAGAGAAGAAUCUCCAAUUAUGGAACCAGUUUACCCAAAAGAGUCAAGCAUUCUUUACACGGAACUAUCAGCCGGUGGUGGACGAAACGCAUACCUUAACACAAGAUACCGCAAGCUACCUGAGGAAAAGUAUACCUCUUGUGUGACAACAAGCAACAUGUAUGGAUGGAAAAUUAACGAAACUGAAUUAAAAAGUAGUCCGCGAAAGCAUAAUCGCUAUUCCAUAUUUAUGCAUGAUCUUUUCAGACGUUCAGGAGCUUACCCAGAUCCUCCAGAUUCCUUACAGCCAACAGAUGCCCAGUAUAGUAGUUGUCUUGGAUUUUAAUAACAUCAAUAUCUCCCCAACUCCCGUUGUGAAAAUAAUAGUAUUUUGGUUGGAAUCUCUUCAAAACUAACGUUAUGGCAACAGAAU